AUGGCCCUGAACAAGACAAUUGAGCGGCUUUUCAAGUAUCCACCAAUGGAGCGUCAAGACCUCAACCAGUCGCAGCUGGGCAGCUUCAAGUUCACUCCUGUCGAUCCUGUCAGCAAUAUUUCGAACCUCACCCACUCAGCAAAGGUCUACCUUGAACAGCAGCUUUGCCGGAGGCUGUAUCAUGGUGCAGCACCUCUUGCGGCAGACUCUUCAACGGACAAACCCAAUGCCUUCACUGACACGUCACCUGGAAAGUUUGUUUCACUCCCAACAUCCUCUCUGGCCGAUGCAAACUUCUUUAACAAACACAUCCAGCCCGACCUUGGCGACUCCCGUCUGCGGCUUGGCCCUGCAGCUCUGCGUUCUGCUGUCGAGGGUGCUGCAAGCCCGACAAAGAAGCUCUCCGUUAUUCAGUUACAGCAGGAACCUGGUGCAACCGUGAGGCGACACCAACAAAAUAACAGCUUGAACUUCUCAGAAGUGCUGUCAUCCCAGGGUCCAAAUCCAGUGAUGGAUCCGACAUCCACCACGUUCACAGCAGCAGGGGUGUUCGCCAGCCAGAACCCAUCCGACUCAACUUCUUUCAGUCAAACGUUAUUUGUGGCCCUCACAAAUGAACAGCAAGCUCACAAUGUGACCAAAGCAGCUUUGGUCGAACAGAUUAAGCAGCGCGUUGAGGUGGAAGAUGAGCUCGAGAAAAGCAGACGACAGAUUGCGAGCAUGACAACCACGAUCAACACCCUAGGAGCCAUAAUCAAAUACAACGCAAGUAAGGGUAAUGGAGAUACUACCAAGGAACGGCAAAAGACCGAGACAUCGGAGGAGGACGAGGAGGUAGCUUUAAGGGAGUUUUACCGUGAAUAUCAGAAGGUCAAAGACGCCGCCAAGGGUCGACAUGGGCGCAAAGAAAUGGAACAACAUGCAGGAGAAGAACGUUCCGGAAAUUGUGUGUCAGCCAAGGAGAACGCUGUUGAUGUGACUGUCCCUCCGUCUGGCGAUGUCGUUGAUGAUGCGCAGCUCUACAAUCUGGACCUGCUGAAAAAGCCAACUUUUGACGACUCUGCCGAUUCUAUUUUACGGCGCACUCUUCGCAAGCACUUCUCGAUUGAGGACAACGGAGAAGACGGCAAUCCCCCAGCGACUCCUGCCAGACGUCGUCCUGGUAUCGCCAAGCUCAUCGAUAUCUCCCCAGAGUCAGUCGGAGAAGUCAUGGAGAAGGAAGAAGUUGAAGCGAAGCGCAACAUGCAGGCAUCAAAGGAGGAAACCACCGUUAACGCUUCAGAUGAUAUUCAACGACAACUGAAAGCUACAACGGUCAGCAUAAAUCAAGUUCGCCUUCUAACUGCGCAAAACCCCGUCCUUGAGCUGCCUGCGGCAUUCAUUGCAAAGUACGGGCAAAAACCUCCUGAUCCAAAGGCGCAGGUCCUGGAGGAAAAGUCAAACGGUGUAAGCCUAACAAAGGGUGAGGCGUUCCUGCUUCAGGGCUCACCAAGUAAGCCCUCGAAUAAUGAGUCCUAUGUCACGCUUCGCCCAUCGUCGUCUCUCACUGGUGAUCACGAUGAUCAGCUAGCCAACAAGGUGGUUUCUCCUGCCGCAGCUCAGUCACAAUGUCGCAUCACGGUACAGGUCGGUGACAACCUUCGCGGGGAGCCGAAAUGGUUGAUCAACAGAGACAAUCCUGUCUUUGAAAGUGAGCAAAAAAAGUGGCAAGCCCUCGGAGAAUGUGGGAUUUCCUGGCGCCAAAACAGCCCGUUCAUGGACCAUCCAGUGCGUUACCUUCCCGAGGACGCAGCUGGGACCUCAGACGCUUAUCGCACUGUAAUGAUCGACGAGAUUCCAGUCGCGAGUACCUUGCCGGAGGUGCUGAGUAUUGUCAAGGGUGGUUCCCUGGAGUCCAUCCAACUAUUUCCACCCAUCGGUAAAGUCACAACCUUCAUGACUGCUCGAGUCGUCUUCAAUCAUGAGGAAUCUGCACACAACAUGAUCAAACAUCAAGAAGCUGUGCCAGGCGAAGCCACUGACUCGAAGUGGUUCAAGAUAAAGGGAGUUGCUGUUCGCUGCUGGAUGCCCACAGAUCCAACCUAUCCCCGAAACGAUGAGCUUGAACGAAAGAUUUUUGGCAAGGCUGCUGCAUCCCGAAUCAUCCUCAUCAGCAACAUAGACGAAUACACCUACAACAUGAUUCCAUACAAGAUCAAGCCACCUUAUGCUCAACACGUCGUCGAGUACAGCUACACACCAGAUGGCUGUGUAUCGAUCGAAUUCACCGAUGUCAAGAGUGCCAUCAGAAUAAUGGAUCAGUUGGAGAGAGACGGGGAGUUCUGGAAUGGCAACCUUCAGUACGAUGUUGAUUAUACGUGCGCCCCGUACGUCAAGGGCGAGGCGAUGGGUCAUUGA